AUGAAGACAGAAUUACUUUUUGGAUUUUGUUCUGCUACAGCAUGUGUGAUAAUGCACUUGACGCAUGAAGGUUACCCUGACUUCAAACAUGCAAAGAUAUACUGUUUGAUCAAAGCAAAGGUUGCAACUAUUGUCACUCUUCUUAACCACUUUUUUAAGAGCUUAUUAUUAUCUACCUGUUAA